AAUUGAAGCAACUGACGCCUUAAAUCUUGAAAUGGUUAAUAAUUAUAUGAUAAUUGCUUUAACCUUGUUAAGUGUGAUUCAGCUAUAUUUCUCCGAAAAAAUUGAGAUAGGAAAAGAUGAAAGGUUAAUAUCAGAUAACCCUACUGUGAAGAAACGGGGUGAAGAUUUUAACUGGUUCAAAACCAUAGAAUUUGUCGUCAAUUCACAGAAAGAGAUGUGUGAGAUGAAAACAGCUCGAUUAGAAAAGAAACUUCGACAGCGAGAAAGACAACUGGAGACACAUGAGUCGAAAAUCGACGAAAUUAAAUCUGUGCUUAAAAACCUUGAAGUUGUUAUUCCGUCUAAAAAGAUAACACGUAUCACGAAGAAUCAAGACCGGCUUAAAUUGGAACAUAAAACACUUAUCGACAAACUUACUUCUCAAGAAAAAAGACUAGAUCUGUAUGAUAAAAAUCAAAUUAAAAUCAAAUUGAACCAGGACAAAAUUAUGAGUGACAUCACUUCAUUAGAAAAGCGCUUUUCUGUUCCAGUUAAAAGACCAAUUGUUGCGUUUUCGGCUUUUGCACACAGUCAAUCCAAUGUUGAUCCUGGGGCGACAAUAAAAUUUUUGGGAGUCACAUCUAAUGAAGGGAAUGCUUUCAAUCGUUUAACAUCCGUUUUCACCGCUCCGUUUUCUGGAUCUUACGUAUUUAUGUGUUCAAUUUUAACUAAGUCUGGGUCUGCGUUAGAAGCCUUCCUGAAAGUUAACGACACUUAUAAAAUGCUCGUAUAUCCUGAUGCUCGGAAAGGAAACUGGAAUCACGCUAUGAAUGCAGUCAUUCUCAAUCUGAAGAAGGGGGAUCGUGUGUGGAUGGAAAAGAACAAAAACUACGGACAGAGACCAUUUUAUGUCCACGGGUAUUUCAGUACAUUUUCUGGAUUUUUUAUUGGAUAAUAAGGUGCUAAUGUUAUUUUUUCG